AUUUAAAGAGCCUAGAGCUCGGACAUUCGUUGCGACCCAUGUUCGAUACUUUCCUUCCUUCAGUGCCCAAUCGCCAUCAGCCAUGGACGUCGAACGCUGCAUCUCCCUCCACAACGAAAUCGUGCGACAUGGCUGGGUCGGCUCAGGCCGGUCCCCAGAUACACUCGCCUCGCACAGCAAAUCUUGGUUCGAGAUAUACGGCGAAGAAGCCGAAGCCGAACGGUCCAAUCUCUCACCCUACCUAAUUCAAUUCCUCGAGCAAGUCCAGAUCCCGCGAGUAGAAGAGGAAGGAUUCUACCCCGAGUUCUUUUAUUGGAUUCAGGGCCUGUCUCAUCCAGAAUACAUGUUCGAAUUCGAAGACAUGCUCUUGGAUUACGACGAUAAUAAGAGUGAAGACGAGGAGGAGGAAGAUGAUGAGGGAAGGCGCUUAGUUCUGUAUGCCGCGGGUCAUUUCGAUACAGGGCAUAUUUGUGGAUUGAUAUAUGAUCAGAAAACGAAUCUCUGUAUUCUCAGACUUACCAUAUACGACAACGAUGACAUUAGUACUCAGAAAUGGUACCCGUUAGAAACCGUGCUCACCUUCUGGCUCUCUCAGAUCCGCAAAGAGACCAUCCAGGCUGCACCGGAUAAAGGAGGGAAACUUCGAGAAGAAUGGCCUGAAGUGUUCGACGAGUGGUGGGAACAUGCGCCUUGGAUCUUCGUGCCGUACAACGAGACAAUGCUGAAACAUAAUUUCAAUAUCUGGGACAAGCUCGUUGAGGCGAUUGAAAGCCGCAUGCCCGCAACCAGUAUAGAAUCACAAGCCAAACAAGCCGUAUACGGCCUCCUCGACGACAACAUCCGCAACACGAUAAACCUCCCCCAACGAUUUGCAUACAACUUCCUCUUCCGCGCCCGGCGCCCCCGCUUCAGCAUGAUAGCACCCGGUCUCCGCGUCAUCACAUCCUCAGACUUUCCAGACCAACCCUUCCGCUCCUACAUGUUGAAAGACAAGGAAGAAGUCCCACCCAUUCUACUCUUCCAAUCCUCCCUCAACUUCUUCGAAGACCCCACCUGGACCCCACAAAGUCCAGACGAUGUCCGGGUACCUAAUUUCUUCGAAUAUAGAGAUGUCAAGAUCUACCCUUCUGGGUUGUACCUCCUACCUACUCGUCGUAGAAGGCUGGAAGAUGGGAUUUCGUUUGUCCUGCCGUACGCUAUUGGUGGGAAGGGGUAUGCAAGGAGGGGUGACGGAAUGAACUUUGCGGGUGAAAAGGAUGGGCGCGGAGAAGAUAGCUAUACGGAAUUGUAUCAGCCUGGGCGGCGGCCGCUUGAAGACUUCCAGGCGCAGAGUUUGGUGGGGGUAUUGGAAAGUUGGCUGGGUAUGGUUGAGAGGGGGGAUUGGGGAGUAGAUGAGAAUGGGGUGGUGGGUGAUAUGGACACUUGGAAGGAGGCGGAUACGGGGGAGGGAUGGAGGAAGUAUGUUAUACCGAGUGAAGAACCAUCUAAUUCCGACUGGGAGUUUGUGUAGAUAGGGAUCUAGGGCAGAGAGGCUUCGAUGACCACAUCCAACGCAUUCUCAUGACCCCAAAUACCCUCCAUCUUUAGCCCCACUGACCCGAGUAGUUCGCGAAACUGCGACUCAGUCCGCUCUUGACCAGAAAGUGACUGCAUAACGUUGACAUCCAUGGCAGUAAACGCCCACGGCGCGUUUUGAUCAGGUAUAAGAAGCUCUUUGAUGAGAAGCUUGGAGUAACCGGGCUUCAUAGCGGGGACGAUGUUGCGCAGGAUGCGGCGACACGCGUCAUCGCUACUGAAGUCAUGGAGAAUAUGCUGGAGCAUGUAAGCUCUGGCACCUAUACAGAACCGUU